CUCGUUGUCUUAUUGGUGGUGUGUGUCGUCGUGUCCCGGUUUUCUUUACUUGUGUACAUCGUUUUUGUUCGUGUGCGAUUUUGACACAAGCUUGUCAAAAUCGCUAAAUAAGAAAAAUAAAAAUGGAGUUCAAAUUUUUAUUCGCUCUACUAGGACUCAUUUUAUAUUAUACAAAUAAUGUCACCUGUCAAUAUAGGACAAAAAGUAGUCAGAGUGCCUCAUUGGCUGAACGUGUACAACAAUUGACUGAUUUGGCUAUGAAACGAUCUGUUAUUAAAUUUAAUGGAGCAAGGUUUAAACAAUUUUUAAAAACAACCCCAAGGAAUUAUUCUGUUGUUGUUAUGUUUACUGCAAUGGCACCGCAAAGGCAGUGCCAACUUUGUAGUAUGGCGAAUGAUGAAUUUACGAUAGUAGCAAAUUCAUUUAGAUAUUCUCAAUCGUUUUCGAAUAAAUUAUUCUUCGCAUCUGUGGAUUUCGAUGAAGGAUCUGAUGUUUUUCAAUUAAUGAGACUCAAUACUGCGCCGGUUUAUAUGCAUUUUCCAGCUAAAGGAAAAUCAAAACCAGGUGACACAAUGGACAUUCAAAGAGUUGGUUUUGGUGCCGAAGCAAUUGCAAAAUGGAUUUCCGAACGAACUGAUAUUCAAAUACGAGUUUUCCGUCCACCAAAUUAUUCGGGAACACUUGUCGUUACAAUAUUGUCAAUUUUCAUUGGUGGUUUCUUGUACUUAAGGAGAAAUAAUUUGGACUUUAUUUAUAAUAAAACACUCUGGGGACUUUGCGCAAUGUUCUUCACAUUAACAAUGAUCUCGGGACAAAUGUGGAAUCAUAUUCGAAGUCCACCAUUUGUUCAUAGAUCGCCAAAUGGAAAUGUUGUUUACAUUCAUGGAUCAUCGCAAGGACAAUUUAUUUUAGAAACUUACAUAGUUUUAAUGCUGUACGCUGCUGUUGUUUUUGGAAUGAUUCUCAUGACAGAGGCAGCGGCACGAAAAGGCGAUGUGAAAAAACGAAGAAUUUUUGCUGUGAUAGGCGUGGGAUUAGUCACUGUAUUCUUUAGUUUUCUUUUGUCCAUUUUCAGAAAUAAAACUCAGGGAUAUCCAUACAGCCUUCUAUUUAGAUAACUGUCCCAUUUAAAUAUAAAAUCAGAAAAAUCAUGAAUGAUUAAAAGAAAAAAAAAGGAAAACAUUUUUUUUUUUUUUGUUGACCAAAAUCAUAAUUUUCAUUCCAGGCGCCUAGAAUAUUAAAAUAUUGUUUUUUUUUUCACAUUAUUUUUUUUUUCUAUACAGAAAGUUUAAUAUAAUUGUAAAUGUGUUGAGCGUGUACAAUUUUAGAAGUUUUACUUCCACUCCCCCCAAUAUUGUGUGUAUGAAAUGCGUAUUAAGUGUUAUACUUGUUAUAAAUAACUAAUAAUAUUAUUAAAAAAAGAAAAUGAAAAUAAUAGUGUAAUAUAAUCCUUUCUUUAUAAAAAUUUUCAUAAAUUGA